CCCAGUCUCCACUUUUAAUACGCGCUCCCACACACAACUCCGGGUGAUGCAGACCUAACUAGGAAUCUAGACCGACUGGUCGGGAAGACACACGAGCACCACAUACACGACCGACUAUUUGGAUUGUAAUAUCAAUAAACCGUGGAAGAUUGAGGGAAAGUUGAAGAAAAACUUGGAAUCUAAUCUGAAUAUCUUCCCGUCUUGUUUCCAGGGGGAGUGAGUUACGAGGACAGCUCUAGGAAGACAUCAAACAGACUAGACCAGCAGCCUUCCACCUCCCAGCACCAUGCUGCUCAGAGCACCACUCACUGCUGUCUGGCUGGCCCUUCUCCUCAGCUGCGGUAGUGAAGCCAAACCAAACGGGUCCAAGAACAAGAAACCAAAACAAGUGGUUCCAGCCAUAGAGUGUGACGUCCGGGCUGGGAAAAUCAACCUCCCAGAAUUCAUAGCUAAAUGCCCGUCUGACUGUAAACAGACAAAAAGUCAGGUUUAUGGGACAGGAGUCUUCGCUUCCAUCUCCAGCAUCUGUAACGCUGCCAUACACAGCGGUGUCAUCACUAACUCAGGGGGUAAGGUGAUUGUCAGGAAGAUGGCUGGACAGAACAUCUAUAGAGGCUCUAACUCCCACGGGCUCCGAUCUCUGUCUCUGCCCAAGUGGAGAGAGUCCUUCGCUGUCUCAGUUGGUAAGCCUAAGAAAGGAGUCAUCUACCCGUCUACUCUGGACUAUAUUCCCUCCAGACCUACCUACAGCAAAACAGGUCAGAAAGAGACCAAAGCCCCUGUGGUCACUACCGUAAUGCCGGUUACAACACCAGAACCCACCAGGACUACCACACCUCCACCCACUACGGCCACCACCACACCUCCCCCCACUACCACCACAACCCUCCCACCCACCACUACUACAACAGCCAAGCCCCGCGCUGCUGUCCACAAAGCCAGGGAUGCAGACAGCAGUCAUCCGUACUUUGCGUCUGUAGCAGCAGCCUCCAGUGCAAGGCAGUCACAGAAUGGCCAAGGGAAGGUUACAGCCCAAGCAUUCAGAGGCAGUACCUACACCAGUAGGUUUCCAUCACGAGCCAAAGCAGGUCUAAGGAGACCAGAGGCUGCCGGGUCUCCUACCAUCAGGAGACAACCAGCCCCCGGCCACCACUCCGGGACAGCUUUCAACCGAGUUGUACAGAUGGUCCCAGCAGAGAGGAACCAGCAACAGCACAACCCCACUUUGACUCGUAGGGAUAGGCCGCCCACUUCCUUCGCACGACCUGAUUGGUACCCUGGAGCGAGACGGCCAACAGACGUAAGUCAAGCAGCUCCAGAUUCAGGCUACACAUGGAGCGAGGCGGAGACAGCGCCAGAGAUGACAGCCCGGGACCCCAGGCCUGAUAUCUCAGAGCUUGAACGCUGGUAUUACAACUUUGGACAAUAUCCACCCCAGUCCGCAGACCCCGAGCCACAAGACACAACUCACACUAGAGUGGAACCAGUGGACUCCUGGAAACCAGAAGGGAAGCCUUUUGAUUCAGGUUUCAGUGUGAGAGAGCAGGACUCACUACCCCGGGCCGACCCAGAGCCUGUUACUCAGGGAGACCCAAACUGUAAAGUAGACAUAGCAUGGCUGAUGGACGGUAGCUGGAGUAUUGGGAAGCGUCGCUUUAAGAUCCAGAAGGACUUCCUGGCUGAGGUGGCACAGGUCAUCAACGUGGGCGUGGCCGGACCCAUGAUGGGCGUCAUCCAAUACGGAGACGAUCCGGUGACAGAGUUCAGUCUGAAGGCCUAUACAAACUCCAGAGAGCUGAAACCUGCCGUAGACAAGAUCACACAGAAGGGAGGGCUGUCCAACGUGGGGAAGGCCCUCUCCUAUAUCAACAAACAUUACUUCAGCGACGCCAAUGGUAACCGGGGCGGAGCGCCCAACGUGGCUGUGGUUCUGGUAGACGGCUGGCCCACCGACAAGGUAGAGGAGGCAUCACGCCAGGCCAGAGAGUCUGGUAUCAACAUCUUCUUUGUGACCAUCGAGGGACCCGAUGAGAACGAGAAGCAGAAUGUGGUGGAGCCGAAUUUUGUGGACAAGGCGGUGUGUCGAACCAACGGUUUUUACUCCCUACCCGUGUCGAGCUGGUUCGCCCUGCGGAAGGCAGUCCAACCCCUCGUCAAGCGAGUGUGCGACACCGACCGUCUCGUCUGCAGCAAGACCUGCCUCAACGCUAACGACAUCGCCUUCGUCAUCGACGGAUCCAGCUCCGUGGGCACCGGGAACUUCCGGACCGUCCUGCAGUUCGUCGCUAACAUCACGCGGGAGUUUGAGAUAUCGGACACGGACACACGAGUCGGCGCAGUGCAGUAUACGUACGAACAACGGCUGGAGUUUGCCUUCGGGCAACACAACAACAAGGCUGAUCUGCUUAAUGCCAUAAAGAGGAUUAAUUACUGGAGCGGCGGGACCAGUACUGGAGCGGCUAUCACCUACGCAGCAGAGCAGCUGUUCAGCAAGUCCAAACCCAACAAACGCAAGAUCAUGAUCGUUAUCACUGACGGGAGGAGCUACGAUGAUGUCAGAGCUCCAGCGUUGGCCGUCCAUCGCCAAGGUGUGAUAGCGUACUCCAUCGGCAUCGCCUGGGCAGCGCAGGACGAGCUGGAGUACAUCGCCACCGACCCCGACAAGGAGCACUCCUACUUCGUAGAUGAGUUUGACAGCCUCUACAAGUUCGUCCCCAAGGUGGUCAAUAACAUCUGUCAGGAGUUCAACUCACAGCCACGCAACUGAGCUGAACAGGGAGGGCACCUUAUUCCCUAUAUAGUGCACUACUUUUUGAACAAGGCCCCUAGGGCCAUAGGCCCACCUUGCUUACGUACACCUAUACUUAUAAAUCUGUGCUUACAUAUCAAGAAAGGAUACAUUUGUAAAGUUUUGAAACAGGGGCUGCCGAUGGAGUAGGGAGGGGGUUAGAUAUUUUAUUAGGAUCCCCAUAAGCUAAUUAAGUAGGUCCAUAUAGUCCUGCACUAUCAUGGAGACAGGACAGAGUCUCUACAAAAUGUAUUACCGCUAAGUUACCAAAUGAAAAACUGCUGUAAAAGUUGGUGCUGAAUUGGAAAUAGUUGAAUUCCCAAGGGAGGUUAUUGAUUUGAAGCAGAAGGCAGUGGGUAUACGAACCUGAUUUUUUUUUUUUAAUUAAAAAAUCUAAAUUGUGAAGGCUUUGGAUCACAACGAUUUAACUUUGGCCAUGUGAUCUCAACUGUUGUUGGUGUUAUAGUAACAGUCAGGGACAAGGGGGUGUUUAAUGUUCUCACUCCUAAUCAUGUAACAUAACUGAUCAAAAGGUACAACUACCUGGACGUGGUGAUUACCAGGUUUGAGGUCCAUUCAAAUUACCUGGACGUGGUGGUUACCAGGGUUGAGGUCCAUUCAAAUUACCUGGACGUGGUGAUUACCAGGGUUGAGGUCCAUUCAAAUUACCUGGACGUGGUGAUUACCAGGGUUGAGGUCCAUUCAAAUCUAAGGCCGACAAUUCAGGAAGGAAACUGAAAUUCCAAUGUAAUCAUUUUCAAAAAGUGCUUUUAUUUUCAACUUCUCAAUAAACUGAAAAGGAUAAAACUACUAAUUGUUAAAGUUUUUUUUUUUUUUUUUUUUUAUGUUAAAUUCAAAUCACUUCCUGACUUAAAUUUGAAUUGAGCCCAACCCUGGUGCUUACAGGAAAAACUAUAAAGCAUGCUUAGACUACUUCUUCUGGCUGAACACACCACACAAUCUGGUGCUUACAGAGUAACAGCCUUAUGGGGACAUGGUGCUUACAGAGUAACAUAGUCGUAUGGGGACAUGGUGCUUACAGAGUAACAUAGUCGUAUGGGGACAUGGUGCUUACAGAGUAACAUAGUUGUAUGGGGACAUGGUGCUUACAGAGUAACAUAGUCGUAUGGGGACAUGGUGCUUACAGAGUAACAGCCUUAUGGGGACAUGGUGCUUAACACUUCCUCUUACGGCCUAAUAACACAGUGCAGAAAUACAAUAUGGUGCUUUACAGUAGGGGAGAUUGGAAAAGGAAUAAGACUGCAAUUAUCUAUGAAGAGGACCGAUGUCAUCAGACCACAUUAUGGUCUCCACAUUAUGGUCUCCAUAUUAUGGUCUCCACAUUAUGGGAAUUACUCCAUAUUAUGGUCUCCACAUUAUGGGAAUUACUCCACAUUAUGGUCUCCACAUUAUGGUCUCCAUAUUAUGGUCUCCACAUUAUGGUCUCCACAUUAUGGUCUCCACAUUAUGGUCUCCACAUUAUGGUCUCCAUAUUAUGGUCUCCACAUUAUGGUCUCCACAUUAUGGUCUCCAC